CCGAUGAGAAGGGGCGGAGCGUAGCUCGCAUCAUGUUAGUGCUAUAAUCAAAAGCAUAUAGAAAGGGGAGAUCCAAUCCGGUUUCAGCUAGUUUCUGUUCCGAUAGAACGUUAAUGCUUGCUUUAGUGUUUCCUAGUCCUUGUUUUUACACUUUACUUAGCGCAUAAGCUGUUUUAAUCGAAUUCCUUUUUUGUUCUGAAAGCAUACCAGCUUUACGCAACCAUGCCUAAAAGGAGCAAAGCUAACAAUGACACCGAAGCAGCUGGGCCCAAGAGACGGUCCGAGAGACUUCAAGGUAAACCCCAAACACCAAAGUCUGAGCCCAAGCCAAAAGUGAAGAAGGCACCUGCAAAGGGCAAGAAGGCCAAGGAGGUAGAAAAGGCCAAACCUGAGGAGAAGAAAGUGGACAAAGAGACUGAGGAGAAAUCUGUGGAGAACGGAGAGACCAAAGAUGAGGUGGACAAUGAUGAAGCAGGAGGCGAGGAGGAAGAGAAAGACGGAGCUGCUAAAUAACAUUAAUAACAUUUCAGCAGAGCUCCCAUACCUCUUUUCUUGUACAAUACAGAGGAAUAUUUUUAUUGACUAUUUUCUAAAAAUAAGUUUUUUUUUUUAUUUGUUUGUUUUUUAGUAGUUCAAUAUUCGAAGCUCAUUUUAUAGACCACGUUCAAGAGAAAACCCUUAGAAGGGGGAUUCCCUCUUUUCCCACCCCCCAGUUUUUCCUGAAGGAGAAUUGCAGUCAUGAAACGACUUACUCUUGUUAUUACCAUUAUUUUUAACUCUUUCAAUGUUUUUACAAAAAGGGAGGGGAGUGUAACAGGUUGAGAUGGAUAAUGUGAUUGUGCCAUUUAUAAAGAUUAAAAAAAUGAAAUGUCUUAAGUCUUUCCAUUGAAACUGGAAGAGUUUGCCUGAGACACUAACAUUCCCCGGGCAAUAUGAGGGACACCUUUAUAUAGCCUGUGUUGUAUGGGAAGGGGGUUCUGUUAGAAAAUGCUUUGUUUUAAUGUUUCUGGGGGGUUGGGAUUGAUUAUAAGCUGUAUUCUAUGAAUUGAAACCUCUUUAUUCGAACUGUUUUCUGAAUCAACAGCUUAGAUUAAUGAUCCUGCUCACUAGUACUGGAACACUCAUCGGAUGUGUGAUUUACAUUGACUUUUGUCUUUGUGUGGUGAAAGCAUUGCAAUAAUGUUGUAUAGCUGCUGUGAAAAGUUUUUCAUAAUUUCUAUAUGCAGUAUGUGAUGGUACUUUAAGAGGAUGAAAAAUGGAAGUGUGUGUGUGUGUUAGCAAAGCUAAUAACAGCUGUGUUACAGUGUUAAACAUGCAGGUUAUACAGAAAAUUACUGUAAUUUCAUUCAUGUGAACAUGCCAGAAGUAGCUAUAUCACUCAAGGUUUUAGGUUAAAAGUACACGUGUACAGUUUCUUUUUUUUUUUUUUUUAUUAACUUUUUUUGUAUGUAGCUGUAUCUGUAAUGAUUGGAAUGACAUACAAAUAAAAUGGUUGUAAUUUCACCUUGA